AUCAACUUCCAUCUUCGAUAUUUGAAUUUGCAACAGCAUUACUUCAAAGUCUAAAAUCUCGUUUUCCCAAUACGAAUUUAUAUAAUGCAAUGAAGAUCUUUGAGCUAAGUUUAUUACCUCGUAAGGACUGUGAUUUGUCAAAUUAUGGAAAUGCUGAAAUUGAAAUACUAAAAAUUACCCGAGUUUACGGAAAUUGCGUGUCAGGUUUUAACGAUCCAGAUAUUAAUGAUUAUACAUUCUGUUUGGAAAAUGAACAUGGAAAAGUAAUUUAUGACCUCUCUGAAAACAUUCAUAAGCGUGUCAAGGUUGUAUCACCCGGGAUUACACCUUAUCAAGAAAAUUUUAAAAAUGGUAUUAUGAAACCUGAUACCAUUGUAAAUUUAAGAUUUGUUAUUAGAUGUAAUGGUAAAAAAAUUGGAGAUGGCCUUGUUAAAUAUCUUUAA